CAUGCUUUAACCAUAGCGGGGGGGGGAUUCAAACCGCUCCUUGGAUGUUGCGAGGUGCUGUGAACAUUUUCUUUGAUAAUCGUGGGUAUCGUAUACGUAUAUGCCUAAUUGGGUCAUCACUCCUCCUCGGUUUUUGUACUUCUUAGUCUCGCUACGCCGGCGUGAAUUCAUGGACAGCCCAAUGCGAUCUACUAUGACAUGGGUACGUUGAUCUACGACGACGGAGGGAGGGCACCGUAUUUGGUUUUUGUCUUGCUCGGGUGCUCAGGGAGUUGGGUGGCGCGCCAGGCACUAAUGAAGAUCAAAGGCUGUGUCUCCCUUUGCGGGGAGAAUUCGACUCCUUUUCUCCUCCCCACGGACCACACCUCCUAGCGCGCCUUUGCCCCACUAACACGGCCAUGCGACGACAGCGCUUCGAUCGGGCGACCGCCGACAGAAUGCUCGAGCACCGAGAUUGUGUUGCAACUUGGCAUUUCGUGCCAUUUGCUGUCAAGCUGCAGCGAAGAUGCGUCUGGUUUUGUGCAGUGCGGGCUCUUUGAAUGCUUGAUUUAGUUUCUUUUAGUCUGUGAAGUCUCGGGGAAAGGUUUCUGUGGUGACAGUAGUGUAGCUUGGCGUCUGCGAAGCUUGCUAGGUGAAGAAGUAGCGCUUCCAGCUCGAAUGGGAAACGUUGGUAUCUGAUGUGCUUGGAGAUUGCAGACUUGUUCGUCAAUGCCGUGUCGUUCCUUUCUCUUCGUUAGUCAUUCUCGAACCAGAGUAGAAAUCUGUUGCGCUUCAAGGCUUAGCUCUCGUAACUGCAUAGUCAACCCGAAGUUUUCUAGCUUUGUAAAGCUACGUACAGCCCCCUUGAAAUGGUGAUGAUUAAGCACCCACUGUUUUAGUCGCUUCGAUCACCCACAAUGCGGGUGCUACAGUAUUGUACGAGACAACUCUGCUGCGGUGAGUUCAAACCAUACUUGUCUGUAUCGAUGCAAAGCAGAGUGGAGUAAUCAGUUCCGGUAGAGCUGCCUGUGAACACCUGGAUCAGCGUACGUGGCAGUGAAGGAAGUGCGACGUACUUUGGGCAGGGUGGGACAAAGAGAGUGGAGGGGGGGAAAAAUAUAGAAAAGAGGGGAAAGAAAGUAUUUUACGAUACAGGGCAAGGAUUUUCGUUGUCGACAGGGUUGGCAGAUGGAGAUGGCGCCCCAAUGACAGUCGGAGCGCGGAGGAUGCGUCCUUGUUUGGUCGCAGAAGGACAUCAGUGGAGGGAUGGUUGUUAGAGCAGGCCAUGAAGUGGAGAAGAUGAUCUCGGAGAGAAGAGUAGGCUACGAGAAGAGCUCGGUUGGAAAGAAUAGUAUCGCUGCGCUUGGUGCGAGUGGUGAGAGGGCAUUCGGAAGGAGCUGGGAUUUGGCGCCCCCCGAGACGAACAAGAUCCUGGAUGCCACAUGCGCAGCAUCGAUGUCCUCGUCUCCCUUGAAUUGUACACCAUUGUGCAGCAUUGCAGGCGGGAAGGGGGUGGAAAGGGAGGUUCUGGGGAAAGGUAGUGGAGCAGGUAGCAACACUCCUUUGACACGGAGUCCUGGGUCAUCGAUCGAUCUGUCUUCGUCGUCGUUCAAGUCGAGCGUGAGUGGCAGCACGUACGGGAGCUCGCAGGAUCGAGAGAGCGUUGGAGACAGAGAGAGGGGAGGUGCAGAGAAAGAAGCAAUCGCGAGCCGGGAGCUGGAGUUGGGAAUCGGUGCGCGCUCGAAUCGGGUGGGGGUGUUGGAGGAGCGCAAGGAAUCGAAGUUCCCGGUUAGUAGCGAAAGUGGAAGCAUGAGUGGGGAUUCCUCUGGUGGUCCGAAUCGUGGCAAUGAGUUGGAUGCACGACGGGUUGAAAGUGAUUCAAUGGGUGAGUGUGAGGUAGAAAGAUCGACGAGGGCUGAGUCUGAGAAGGAGAGCGAGAGGGAGCUGGGGAAGUAUGCGAGUAAAGAUGGGAAAGGCAUGGAUAAACAAGCCAGCGGAGUCGAUUCUGCGAGGGAGACGGAUUCUGCGCGGAGCAGUGGAAAGUUGAGCAUGAGCAGGGCAAGUGCUGGGAGCGAUUCGAACGAGAGCUCUUGCAGCAGUAUUGGGUACGGUGCGAGCAAGCCUCACAAAGCAAAUGACAAGAGGUGGGAAGGGAUUCAAGCAAUUCGAAUAAGAGAUGGAGCUCUGGGCUUGUCACAUUUCAAGCUUUUGAAGAGAUUGGGCUGUGGCGACAUUGGGAGCGUGUACCUGGCUGAACUUCGCGGUGGCCACAGCCACUUCGCUAUGAAGGUGAUGGACAAAGGAUCUCUUGCAAGCCGGAAGAAGCUUUUGCGAGCCCAGACGGAGCGGGAGAUCCUGCAGUCUUUGGACCACCCGUUCUUGCCUACAUUGUACACGCACUUUGAGAGUGAGAAGUUCCUGUGCCUGGUGAUGGAGUUUUGCUCUGGUGGAGAUCUGCAUACAUUGCGACAGAGGCAACCUGGGAAGCACUUCUCAGAGCAGGCGGCAAGGUUUUAUGCCGCCGAGGUGCUUCUGGCGCUGGAGUACCUGCACAUGAUGGGAGUAGUUUAUCGUGAUUUGAAACCAGAGAACGUUUUGGUGCGGGAGGAUGGGCACAUCAUGCUUUCAGAUUUUGAUCUUUCUCUGAAGUGCGUGGUGAGUCCGACUUUGGUAAGAUCAACUGUGCACGAAUCGCGGGAUGGAAAGGGCUCUGGAGCAUACUGCAUGCAGCCGGCGGCUUGUGCCGAGCCAGCAUGCACGGGCGGAUUUGAGGCUUGCGCACAUCCUGGAGCAAUGUCGUGCGCGACUCCGUCAUGUUUUGUGGUGAAAUCGCCGCUGCCUAGCUUGUUUCCCAGCUUCACGAGGAAGAAGAAGGAUGGGAAGAGUCCGAAGCCUAGCCCGGGAAAGAGCAAAUCCAAGUCAAAAGCGGAUUGUGGACAUUCGGUUUCGUCAUUGCCAGAGCUGAUUGCAGAACCGACGGGGGCACGGUCCAUGUCUUUUGUGGGAACGCACGAGUACCUAGCACCCGAGAUAAUCAAAGGCGAUGGUCACGGAAGUGCAGUGGACUGGUGGACGUUCGGCAUCUUUUUGUACGAGCUGCUAUUUGGGAAGACUCCAUUCAAGGGGUCUGGGAACCGAGCCACUCUGUUCAACGUGGUUGGACAACCUCUGAAGUUCCCGGAUUCAGCGACGGGGCAGGUGAGCUUUGCAGCUCGAGACCUGAUCCGGGGGCUCUUGAUGAAGGAGCCUGUGCUGCGGCUGGCGUCGAAGAGGGGAGCUGGCGAGAUCAAGGCGCAUCCAUUCUUCGAAGGCGUAAACUGGGCGCUCAUACGGUGCACAAAUCCCCCAGAGGUACCCCGACCCUUCGAACCUGGGCCAUCCGUAAGCAGUUCGACGGUUUCGGAGGAAACAUCUGUCAGCAAAGGAGCGAAAGUGGUUCCCGGCGCAGAGUCCCUAAGCACAGCUGGCAAUGCAGUAGCGGAGAAUAGUGACAGUAGUCUGAAGGCUGGCGAGAAGAGCAAUAGCAACAGAUCAGCAACUGCUGUGUCGACUCAAUCGUCGGGAGGGUCAUACGUGGAUUUUGACUUUUUUUAGCAUGUGACUGAUGGAUUGAUCUCGGAAGAGGAUUUUGCAAUCCGCGUGGAUGUUGUCUGUUCAUUGUGGUUCAUAGUAUGUAUAAUUUGAUGACCGUGUUUGACGUUUUUUGUGUUGCUGGUGGCAUGGAUUGUUAGAAUUACGUGGUGGAUGCACUUGUGAGCACCUGCAGUUGCUGUGCAUCGCGGGUCGUAGUGUGGCCGACUGCAUCGGCCACUCUGUUGUGGCCUGGUGUGAGUGGCGACCUAGUCAACUCGGUAGAAGUACGAAUGUGGUCUUAUUUGAAUUUGUCAGGGUUUGUGGAAAAACCUUGCAGAUGAGUGUUAGUGUUGAUUUUGUUGAAUUUCUAAAUCAUGCUGGUA